AUGGCAAGCAAUUUUUUCAGCAGCGUCUUUGGUCAGCGAGCUGGGUCUGACGAGCCACCUGCAUCAGUUCUUGCAGAAUGGAAUAAGUACGCCGGUGAUGAUCAAGCUCAAGAAGGCUGUCAUGCUGUUGCAGGCGCUUCCUCUUCAGACACUCUUGCCAGUAAAAUGGAGGAGGGCAGUGCUAAUGUGCAACAUUUCCUGGUCAAUACCUUCUCCCGUGUCAGCACUGGGGUGCAGGGUGUGGGCCAGUCUGUGGGAUCUGGGAUCCAAAGCGCUCAGUCCACACUGCCCUCCACAAGCCAUUUCACAUGGUUCCUGGCAUUCCUGGCUUCUGGAAUCGUGUUCCUGAUUUUGGCGUUCUCCCUCUUUUUACCCGUCAUCAUCCUGGCGCCAUCAAAAUUUGCCAUCUGCUUCACGUUUGGCUCUGCACUCAUCAUGGGCGCCUUUGUGUCUCUGCGCGGCUGGAAGAGCCAGCUCCUGCACAUGUUCUCAGCAGAACGGCUGCCUUUCACAAUUGGAUAUGUUGGUAGCAUGGCGGGGACUUUGUAUGCAGCACUGGCGCUGCACAGCUACAUCUUGUCGCUGGUUUGCUGCUGCCUGCAGGUUGUGGCACUGCUGUACUACACAAUUUCCUACUUCCCAGGCGGAACAAAUGGAGUGAAGUUUGUGAUGAAGAUGGCGUUCGGAGCUUUUGCACAGUGCUUGGGUGGUGUGCAGAGAGCAGUGACACGGUAG